CUCAUUUGUUUUUUUUCCACAGGAAUGAUGGGUGUAAUAGGAGAGUGUAUUUUAGAAUUCAUACAUUGUAUUUUGGAAUGGAAAGGAGUGAGUAAUAUAGAGUACCCUAUAAUUCAUACCCAAAAAGUAAUUGUAUUAGACAUGAACAACAUUAUGAGACAUCCAAAUAGGAAUUCAUACACUGUAUUUUGGAAUAGAGUGGAGUGAGUAAUACAAAUUUAACAACUUUAACAUGAUAACACCUACUCCGUAUUAAACAUAUUAGAUUUAAAAAAAAAAAAAGAAAUGAUCAAAAGUCAUUAUAUAUAUAGUGCAAAAAGAUAAUGUGUGUAUGUUAUUCUAAAACGGAUCUGAAUAGUGGUUUAGAUUUUUUUUUUUUUUUUUUUUUUUUUUUUUUUGAGUAAAAAGAAUCAUAAAGGUAAAAGUGCAAACAAGAUUCAAUCUCGAAUUUGGUAUCAAACCUAUAAAAGUUUCCAAAUAGGUAUCUUCGCUUAUAGGAUGUGAGUUUAUACCAAACGUAUAAUGGACACUUGAACUACGAUAGUUGACAUAUACUUGCAUUAGAUGGAAUAAUUAAUCAGAAAACAUUUUCAUGACUUCAUCCUUACCUAUGGCUCAAAAAGCAGCCCCUCUCACCUCUCACUAAGACAGCAUUAUUUGGGUCCUCUUUGUGAGACAUUAAAUGCCAUGGAGCUGGCACUUUUCAAGGUACACAUUAUAUAUAGUCCCCUCUCACACAUUCCUCUCAUAUCAGUCACACAUACCCAAAACAAAUCAACAAACAAAACAAGAAAAAGAAACUUCUUUUCUUUUAUUUAAGUUUUAGCUAAGCAUAAAUAAAAAAAAAAAUGACGGGUAAGUUCUUCCAAGUAUCCUUAAACAAGUGCAGGAAAAUGAGCAGCAAAGUUAUACAUUCAUCAGAGUAUGAAUGUGAGUCUUGCUGUCAAUGGUGUUUUUGGCCAUCGUUGAGUUUACAGCAAGAAGCCGAAAAGUUCAUCCCUAAGGAUGUUCCCAAGGGUCAUAUGGUUGUAUACGUUGGCCAUGAUCAGAAGAGGUACGUUAUCAAAAUCACCUUGCUUAAACACCCGCUUUUUAAAGCUCUGCUAGACCAAGCUAGAGACCAACACGACGAUUCCACCACACCGCCACGGCUAUGGAUUCCAUGUGAUGAACAUGUCUUCCUUCAUGUGGUCAGAUGUGCCCGGUAACAAGCAACAACUGAGCCUCAAGGGGAGAAUCAUAAGUCAUGACCCUCUUUGGUGUGAAAACUGUAUGUGUAUUUGGCAAUUGGCAUUAUUUGAGGCCUUUUUUUCUGACUAAUGUGAGAAUGACAUUCUUUGUAAGAUAAUGUAGUGAAUAAGAUUUGUAUGAAUAGCUUGUAAGUUAAUUAUCUAUGGCUGAAGUCCUCAUUUUUAGACUGAAUGAUUUCCAGUUGCAUGAUGAUGUA